AUGUCUCUCCCUCCAUAUGAAGCAUCGAUAGGCAAUGAAGGUUAUCCAGAUGACGUAAAAAAGUUUGGUCCCUCAGAUGAUGUCAAAAGUCCUGAUCCCCCAGCAUAUAACCAAGAAAUUGGAUUGCCAGAGAAUCCCAACCUUAUUCAAAGAGGAAUUAUAUUCUGCAAUAUGAACAUGACUACAGAUGUAUUAACAUUUACUUCUGAAGAUGCAGUUGCUAAAUACAAGUCAUUCAAGAAGGUUCCAGCGGAUUCUGAUAAUUUUAAGCAUGUGUUGGAUCUACAGCAACAAGGUAUCGGGAUGCCGUUGAUGGAAGCACAAUUCACGAUAAUGCCUAGCUUUGGAAAUGGUAAGUUUGUUACCAUAUAUAAAUUCAUUGCUCCGCCACCAGGCUCAGGUAGAUUGUUUGAUAAGAAAAUUGAUAAAUAUAAGUUCUGCAGUGUUCGUAAAAAGAUUGGCCCGCAUUACUCCAGAUAUACGUUCAAAAUUCUGCCCAACGCUGAUAAUCCGUCAGAAACGUUCGAAUUUUCGACUUUCUUUCAUAAUAAAUUGCCAAUUGCAGAUGUUACUAAAUAUGGCGGCAGUGAUAAGAGAUAUAGGUGGGUACAUUCGGAAUAUCACCCGAUUUUGCUGAAUUUCACUUAUUCUUUGUAUUCUUUAGAUGAGCAUCAAACUUCCAUGAUCGACAAUAUGGAUGCCCAGAGCCAGAAGUUGGACAAGAAGAAUCCUUUGGUAAAUAAUUCGUUUGGUCAAUUAUUCAAGUUCCCCUCAAGAAGGAUCAAAGAGAACUAUUUAUCGCUGGUGAAAUUCGGUGAAUUAAUCCAUUUGAAAGAAAAAUUCAUAAUUUCUUCAUUUCAAGAAACUGCUAAACUUUUACUACAUAUUGAAAGAAGUACACAACCUAUAAAUCUUGAAAGCACUAAUUCUGUGAGUGUUCACGAACUAAUCAUUAUAUGUAUGUCAUAUGUUUUUAAAAGACGUGAAGAAAUUAGAAUCGAAAGAAGAAGAGCAGCGAGAAGGAGUGGUGGCUAA